AUGAAAGUGUUGAUAAAUUCACAGGUGUACGUCCACUGGAUCUACUCCAUCGUCAUGUUCGUGGUGCCCUUCUCCUGCCUCGUCGUGCUCAACAUCUUCAUCUUCGUGCAAGUGUGGCGGGCGAGCAAGGAGCGGAUGGAGCUGACGCUGUCCCAGAAGCGGGAGCUCGGACUGGCCACCAUGAUCCUCAUCGUGGCCCUCGUGUUCCUCGCCUGCAACACGCUGGCCCUCAUCGUCAACGUGCUGGAAAUGUACUCGUCGCCGGUCAUCAACUACCUCACGCCCAUCAGCAACCUCCUGGUGACCGUCAACUCCUCCGCCAACUUCGUCAUCUACUGCAUCUUUGGGCAGAAGUUCCAGAAAAUCCUGCUGGCCAUCGUAGAGCUGCCGCCGGUGCAUGCGGUCCUCACCGAGCGUGAAGCACAGCGGCUGGCGGAAGUAGUCGUCCGGCAGCCACCGCCGCCGCCGCCGCCGCCGAGAGGAGGGCGGCGACUUGUUGUCGAGGGUCGGUCGGCGGCUGAGUCCGCCGCAGCCGCCGCCUUCCAACUCGAGGACCCUGGAUUGCAUAUCGUGCAUCGUGAUCAGAUUUUUGUUUACAUUCCCCCUUUUGAAGUUGAUCUGAACAGAGUAAUCAGGGAUGAAAAGAAGAAAAAAUACAAACUUUAG